AAAUGUUUUUAGUUUGGUCGAAAUGGAUAAAAGCAAAGAAGAAACGGACUUUCUUAAACUACACGAAAAUGUUACAUUUGCAGAAGAAGUGGUCAACCUUUUAAGUUCAGAAUGGCCCAGAAGUAAAGCAGCGAGAUAUCACAGUUUAAAUCUUUCCAAUGAUAAUUUCCCGUGCGCCAUGGUGCUCGUUCGAAGAGAUCCUCGGUGUCACAGUACUGAAGUCGUGGGUCACUGUGUAUUUUCGAAGGUCCAUGGAAGUGAAGAUGCACUUUUUAUAGAAAAUGUCAUUGUCCCUAAAUCAAAAAGAGGUUGUGGCUAUGGAAGGUUACUGAUGCAAAGAUCAGAAUCUUUUGCUCAAAAUUUAGGAUAUCACAAACUCCAUCUGAGUACUCAUGACAAGUACAAGUUCUACCACUGUCUAGGCUAUCAGGACUCUCAUCCUGUGUCUGCUAUACGGCCAAAUCAUACUCUGCUGUCACCAGCUCAGUUUGCUGCCUUGAGAAAGCAUCUAGGAGAGAAAAAUACCAAGACAGAUAAUAGUAUUAAGAAAGCUACACUCAAGGACUUACCAAAUACACCAAGUCAGACACUAGCAACAACUCCAACAGCACCAAUGGUGACAAAUCCUGCCCCACCUCCCCCUCCCCCACCACCACUCAUACCAUCCAACACGUCUGCUGAAGCAAGCGAUGAUAAAAAGUAUUGGAUGGUGAAGGAGUUUUAGAUUGAUUAGAGAAAUUACAAUACAAAUGCAUAUAUUUUAUGUUGUUUAUAUUUGAAAUAAAGUAUUUUUAUCAUUUCA